CGUUCUCUAUUCAGAUUUCAGAGCACGUUGUUCAGUUGUUCGGCCGGUGUCCUGAGAGGAACAACUCUCCCGAAGAACAAUUUUAUUCUGUCGAAUUAUUCUAUUUAGUUUCGUUUAAUUGAAUUGCCAUGUGCUUUUGAGUGGCUGUGAACCUGAGAUAUCAUUGUACAUAAUUACCAAAUUUUGGUAGGCUGCUGUCAUAAGGAAGAACUUAAGUGUUUACUGGGGCGUAUACUUCUUCCACUCCUGCAAAUUCUUUUGUCAAUCCUCAAUUCAAGACAUGGAUGAUGUGGGAUCAAAUGGCAGACAUAGACAUCGUGGCCGUCGUAAUAGAGUUCGAGAGAACGGAGUGCUCGAUAGAGUUCGAGGAAGCUCACGCGACCGAAGAACUCGCAGAAACGUCGAACGAAGGCGCAGGAGUACAACUAGAUCCAGGUCGAUGCCCAGAUCGAGAUCAACGUCGUUUUCAAUGUUCAGAUCGUGCGUGCUUAUGUCGUCGACCAUGUACAAUUUCAAUCAAAUACAGCAACAGACGACAUCGACAUUGACAUCGACAGAACAUCAACGACGACCUUGGCAACCAAGUAUGGCAGCUCCACCAACGCUGCCAAACAAUAUGUACAAUCCUCCUCCACCUGGGCCACCACUGCCAAACACUAUGUACAAUCCACCUCUACCUGGGCCACCACUUCCUUUACUGCCACACCCAGAUAUGCCGCCUAUAAAUGGCAAUCGGUACAAUAACGGUCCGCCGAUGAUGGUUGCUGUACGACCUACGAUGAGAGGCGGACCUCCUGCUUUUCCAAGAGCUGCGGGACCACCACCUCAGCCGUAUUACAAUGGAGGCGGUGACAAUUACGGUGGCAAUUACGGUGGCGAUUACGGUGGCGAUUACGGUGGCGAUUACGGUGGCGAUUACGGUGGCGAUUACGGUGGCGAUUACAGUGGCGAUUACGGUGGCGAUUACGGUGGCCAUUACGGUGGCUAUUACGGAGGCAAUUCGGGUAGCACGAUAAAUAUUAGAGGAACCUUCCACGGCACGGGUGUAAACUCGGUGCAGGUGCGGAUUCAGUUUCCGGGGGGAGGGCUGGUAAUUGAAAAUCUUCCAUAGUUUUGUAUGGAAAUGUACUUAAACCACCUCCUGAGGAACGGUUGAUUUGAU